AACCCAACGGUGAUAAAUUGACGAUUUACAUAACUAUAUCAAAUUCUAAAGCAGUCAAGAUGACAAUACCACGUCUGGUAUUCCGCGACCACUGGAAUACAGAAGCGUGAUCUCCACGCGCUUCUCUUUAAAACCUACUAAUUGUAGCGCUUCAUUGUAAACUACGCACCACCAGCAGCAGUAACGAAGAAGAAGAUGCAGUCUUUACAAGAGAAAGCUUCAGAAUGGAGCGGAGUGAAAGCUGAAGAUGCAUUUUCUAUUGAUGAAACUAAUCUCUUUCAGAAAUUAGGACUUCAGACUUUUAUUAAUCUUUCCACUGAUUUUUAUACCAGGGUUUAUGAUGAUGAAGAAGAAUGGUUUCGUUCAAUAUUUGCGAAUUCGAAGAAAGAAGAUGCAAUUCAGAAUCAAUAUGAGUUUUUUGUACAGAGAAUGGGAGGUCCUCCUCUUUACUCUCAGAGAAAAGGUCACCCUGCUCUGAUUGGAAGGCAUAGGCCAUUUCCUGUUACCUAUCAAGCAGCAGAAAGGUGGUUACACCACAUGCAACUAGCAUUGGAUUCUGCCACCGACAUUGAUGCCGAUUCAAAAAUCAAGAUGAUGAACUUCUUCAGGCACACAGCAUUCUUCCUUGUGGCAGGAGAUGAACUCAAGAAGCCUAACCAACCAGCAGCUCCCUGCAAGCAGGGGUCUACCCAACCGACUUCACUGUAAUAUUUAUUGUUUAUCCAUAUACUGACUAUUGUUAGAACAUACCAAUAACAGAUGAGAAAUCAUAAUUCAUCUAACACUUAAUGUGUUUUACUGCUGUACAAGGAAAAUUUCUGUCAUUCUCAUCAAAUAAUCUAGUAAAUCAAAAAAUUUAAGAGUGGUUGUGUAUGCAUUGCAA